AUGGCCAUGCGAAUCCUGCCCUGGCUCAGUGUCCAGCCGAGCAUCGGCGAGGUGCUUGACGAUGUGCGCAGCGGCAAAGUGAGCACCGAAGAGGCAUGGAUGACGGCGCAUAUGGGUGCGCCGCGCCUCCAUACAGACGGCGGCGUACGGCUGCACCGCACCGACGACCGCGUCACAUUUCAAGCGGCGCACCCUGCAUUCCAUGUGCGUGGUAGCGGCAGGAACAAGUUCUGUGUAGCCACCGCGUCGGAGAUGCCGAUUCCUCUGCGUGCCACCUGCGUCCGCAUUCCUGUCGCGGCAGGGACGCUGCCCGGCGCCGACCCUGCCAAAGAAACAGCGUCGGUGCUGGCGUUGGGGCGUGCGGGCCAUGUCGAGCGCUACGCCACGGGCGGCGCGGACGGCCGUUUGUAUGUGGGUAUCUGGACACACGCAGCGCCGUUUGCCGCGCCGAUCGCGUGCCGUGGCCACGUUGCUGAUAUCACCAGUGUGCGCUUCUUUCCCAGCAACGAGGUGGUGCUCUCCACCUCGCUGGAUUUCAGCGCGCGCAUAUUUUCCGCACUGGACGGCAGCAAUCCACGCACGCUCACCGGGCACAGCGGCGCAUUGCAUUGCAGCGCAAUGCUUGGCCGCGGUAAAAGUGUCGUGACGGGCAGCAGCGACGGGACGGUGCGGGUAUGGGACGUUGGGCGCGGCGAAAGCGUCUCUGUGCUGGACAUGCAAGCAAGCAGCGUACAAGCACUCGAAGCCACAGACACGCUCGUGGCCGCCGCGCUGUGCAACGGCACCGUCCAGGCCCGCGACGUGCGCACGGCGCGCGAAGCCUUGGCCCUCACGCCCCCAGGCUCGCCACUGGGCGGCGCCGGCGCCUUGGAUACACUUGCGCUGUGUACGGCGUCGCACCGCAUCCUCACCGGAUCGCGCAGCGGCGUAUGCACCCUGUACGACCUGCGCGAUUGCACUUCGCCGCUCGCUGCGUGGUGGAGAAAUGGCGCAGGGACUUGUGGGCUAGCACUGGACGAGGCAUCGGCGCUUGUGGCCACCGCCGACGGCCUCCCGUACCGCAUAGAGCUAUCCACCAUGCAAGUCGCGGAGGAAUUUGCGGGGGACGUGGCAGAUGUAUGA